CGCGCGUCUGACCACUAACCCCAACAAACUCACUAGGCCCGUAGAAAUUCCUUCCAGCGGUCACGUCGUACACGACACCCUUAAUCGCGAGAAGGAUGCGCUUUCCCUCCUCGCCAUUGAACGGUUCAAGGGUCUUGGGAGUAUAUGUCUUGAACAACAAGGUGGGAGGGUGAGACUUGGGCAUCCAUGAGUACCCACUCUUAAACUCUAUGGGCACUGUACUGGGAACGCUGUUGGAUGGAAAGAGAAUACGCUGCACGGUGUAGAGAAUGUAGAGAAGAAGGGCUGUAUUAACUGGUGUGGUUAAGUCAAACGACAUGGUGGUCACUCGUUAGGAAUACUUCAAGCUACCCCAAGCACUCGAUCAAUCCUCAUAUACUGAUCGCCGGGCCGGGACCUUUUUCUGUAAAGCUCUCGAGAUAUGUAUUAUAACACUAGCCUAACGGCCGCGAAAGGCUCUGAAUGCGUUGUGAGCGGCGAAUGUAUUUAUCUGACACCAAGGCACACGUCUUAUCGCGGCGCUUCUGUGACCUUUAUCUCUAAAUUUGCCGUGGAAGUGGGAGCUCCAAGGUGUUCUCCGCUCUUUCGCCUCAAGCCAGCAUGUCCAAAUCCAAAGCUGCAGUCUCUGCCUACCUGAAACCAGCAACAUGGGUCCUGGAGCCGGAAGAAUCCACGUUCGCGCCAAACAGCAGGUGGUCGAACAAGGAUAUGGACCCUGUGCCUCCUCAUAUGCGCACUUGGACGACUUUGAACUAUGUCGCGUACUGGAUAUCAGAUGCUGCUAACGCGGCCGUCUGGGAGCUUGCUUCAAGCAUGCUCGCGAUUGGACUCUCAUGGAGACAAGCCCUUCCCGCGAUUGCGGUGGGACAUGUUAUCAUUGCAGUCGUAAUGGUCCUAAACGGCACUAUUGGAGCCCGUCUUCACAUUGGUUUCCCAGUGUUGAAUCGGUCUUCUUUUGGAUUCUGGUUCAGUUACUUCAGUGUGAUAAGCCGUGUCGUGCUAUCCAUGUUCUGGUUUGGUGUCCAGACGUUCACGGGAUCAGAAUGUGUCUAUCAGAUGCUGAAAGCUAUCUGGCCUUCGCUCGCACACCUUCCGAAUCACCUUCCUGCUAGUGCGAACAUCACUACCUCAGGAAUCAUGUGCUACUUCCUGUACUGGCUUAUCCAAUUUCCGUUCAUGCUCAUAUCGCCGCAGCGGAUUCGUUGGUUGUUCCUCGUGAAGGCCAUAAUCGUACCUACAGCUUGGUUGGCCAUGCUUAUCUGGGCCUUUAUCAAAGUUCCAGUCUCGAGGGGUUUCUUUGAGGAGCACACGGCGUUAUCAGGGAGUGCCUUGUCCUGGGCUUGGCUCGGUGCUCUUAAUGCAGCAUUGGGCAUCUAUUCCACGCUCUCUGUUAAUAUUCCCGAUUUCACUCGUUAUGCCAAAGACGAGAGAGCUCAAUAUGUUCAACUAGCUAUAAUUCCAACCGCAUUCACUCUCUGCGGAUUCAUCGGUCUCUCUGUAACUUCUGCAGGCGUAGUCCUCUACGGCGAAGUUCUAUGGGACCCUCUCCGUCUCAUCGAUCACUGGGACAACCGCGCUGCGGCGUUCUUUGCUUCCUUCGCCUUUGCACUCGCCACGCUCGGAACCAACAUCUCGGCGAAUUCGUUGUCCGCUGCGAAUGACAUGACUGUGUUAUUCCCAAGGUAUAUCAAUAUUAGGCGGGGUCAGGUCAUCUGUGCAAUUAUUGGUGGUUGGGCCUUGUGUCCCUGGGAGAUUCUUGCGAAUGCGACAGGGUUCUUGUCGUUCAUGAGCGGAUAUACCGUAUUCCUUGGACCAUUUGCUGGUAUUAUGGUGACCGACUAUUGGCUCAUUCAUGGAGGAAAAGUAGAUGUUCCUGCGAUGUACCGUCCUCAUGGUCGUUAUCGGUAUACCUACGGUUUCAACUGGAGAGCUGUUCUUGCCAUUCUUCUUUCUGUUCCCCCAACGAUGCCCGGGUUGAUCAACUCGAUCAACCCUAACAUCAAGAUCGGAGGCGCAGUUCACUUGUUUGACAUUGCGUGGCUCUUCGGGUUCUUCACCGCUUCCUUCGUAUACUACGUCACCUCCACCCUCUUCCCGGCCAAGGAGACAUUCAUGGAGAAGGCGAUCCUGGAUCUCAACGAUGACCAAUCAUCAUCCAAUCAUGGUCAAGAAGACUUAUCAUCAGUAGGGGAGAAAGGUAGCGUCAGGGAUGAAAUCAGGAGCAUUAGGGACUGAACGCACUCUUCGGGUCGGACGAGCUAAAUCGAUGUUCAAGACGACUUUUAUGAUAUACGACUUUUACUAACUUCGACCAGCUUGUGCUGGUCGCCACAUGCCUUAGAUGUAUGAUAUUCCUCGAUUUCAUUGGAGCAUAACAUGCUAUUCCAUAUCUUGAUUUGUUUUGAGUUCGGAGAGCUCAUUGUACAGGUACAACCAUACCGUUACCUUCUCUGCUUGAAACAGACCGUUUGUGGAUGGGGUGUGGACUUCGAUUCAACUCCCCUUCGCAGCCGACCCUUUCCUCUCAUGAAACUGACUUGUCAUGACCUCUUUAAACAUAUUCAAGAAGCUCCCAUUCGAUGGACAAUG